GAGCUCUCAUCCUUCAUAGAUAAAACAACUUGAAAACUGUUUAUUCAAAGAAUUUGUCCUACACCUGCUUUGAAUGGGGUUUAAAAGAAACACAGCCAUUUCUGUGUAAACAUUAACUGUAUAGCUGUCUCAGUCUACCAUAUAAAGCAUGUUUAUACAAGAUGUUACUUUAAAAUGAAGAAGCAGGAGGAGCGCUGGCUUUAAAAAGAAAUAUUUGUAUUGUGUUUAUUAUUCCUUUUGGUCACCGUGGGUUACAGGAUGGAAUGUACAACAUGAUUCUAUGCUCCUGCUUGUUUUCUAGUUGGGCUGCUCAGGUGUGUUGGAGGAAUAUCUGUCCAUGGAUUCAAAUACUUUACUUUCCUGUGUGAUUAGUGGUCCAGUCUGAUGAAGUGCUGUUAUCUGGUGCUUUAGCUCUAGUGACGAGACUCUUGACCUGCUGGAUCAGCUCCUUCCAGAUGCCCUUUGGCACAUAACGUGAUUUGAAGAUGCCAACCCCUUGGCAAAAAUGCUGCAAUAAAAAGUCCAGAACUGAGAAUGCCAAAGCUGAAAUGGACAAUAUGGCAGAGACAAGUGAAAAAAUGCAGAUGAAAAAAGAGAUCACAUUACUAAAUGGAGUUUCUUUAAUUGUAGGGAACAUGAUUGGCUCUGGUAUAUUUGUAUCACCCCGAGGUGUUUUAAUGUACAGUGCUUCCUAUGGACUCUCACUGAUCAUCUGGGCACUUGGUGGGAUUUUUUCCCUGUUUGGAGCUUUGUGUUACGUGGAACUGGGAACAUCCAUCAUAAAAUCUGGAGGCAGUUAUGCCUAUAUUCUGGAGGCAUUUGGGGCCUUUGUGGCCUUCAUCAGACUCUGGUCUUCCUUGCUAAUUAUCGAACCAACAACUCAGGCAGUGAUAGCAAUCACAUUUGCUAACUACAUUGUUCAGCCAAUUUUUCCCCACUGUGAGCCGCCGUAUGACGCAGUCAGGCUGAUUGCAGCUGCGUGUAUAUGUUCCUUAACAUUUAUUAACUGUGUUAAUGUAAAGUGGGGUACCCGUGUACAAGAUAUUUUCACAUAUGCCAAAGUCAUGGCUCUUAUCUUGGUGAUAUCUGUUGGCCUUUACAAAAUUGGCAAAGGGGAAACUGAAAACCUGAGAGCUCCGUUUGAGGGCUCAGCAACAAACCCAGGGAUGAUUGCCCUGGCUCUCUACUCUGCCCUCUUCUCCUACUCAGGAUGGGACACGCUCAACUAUGUCACCGAGGAAAUGCAGAAUCCUGAGAGGAACUUACCUCUUUCUAUUGCAAUUUCAAUGCCUAUUGUAGCUAUUAUCUACUUAUUGACUAAUAUAGCAUACUAUGUAGUGUUGGACAUGUCAGCUCUCCUCACAAGUGAUGCGGUGGCUGUGACAUUUGCAGGUGAAACCCUUAGUCAUGCCAAGUGGAUAAUUCCUAUAGCAGUGGCCAUGUCUUGCUAUAGUGGCUUAAACUCAUCAAUUAUUGCAGCAUCUCGGCUGUUCUAUGUUGGAGCCAGGGAAGGACACCUCCCUGUCAGUCUGAGCUUGAUUCACGUGAAGUGCUUCACACCGGUGCCUGCUCUCCUGUUCAACGGCUUAAUGACUUUACUUUAUCUCCUUGUGGAAGAUGUUUUCCUCCUUAUUAAUUACUACUGCUUCAACUAUUGGCUCUUUGUGGGUCUAUCUAUUGCAGGACUAAUCUAUCUGAGAUACACUCAGCCACAUAGACCUCGGCCUGUUAAACUUAGCCUCUUCUUCCCUAUAGUAUAUUGCUUAUGUUCCCUAUUCCUGAUUAUAGUGCCUCUCUACAGUGACACAAUCAAUUCCCUUAUUGGGGUUGGGAUUGCCCUCUCAGGCAUUCCUGCAUAUUAUUUGGGAGUCUAUCUGCCAGUUGAAAAACGACCUAAAUGUCUACUUUGGCUCUCUGCUACAACAACGAAGUAUGUUCAGAUGCUCUUCUACUGUGCUCUGUCAGACCUGGACAUAGAUGUGGAACCCACAGCAGCCAAGAGUAAAUAGAGUUGCCUCAACAUUGAGAAUUGUGCCUUGACAUCUCCUGUCUGGAACAAUUUUUAUCAUCUGAAGUUCUCCCCACAUGCUCAGUCAUACUAGAGUACCAACCACUGUACUGUGCAUCAGUUUGAUGUCAGUUAAGUUGUGAUGGUUUUAUAAAACACUCUGUUUUCCAGGAUUUCUUUUUAAAAUUCCGUUUGUUAAUAUUGAGUUAUCAUGUAACAUGUUGAAACUAUAAAGCACUUUGUUGGAAAGGAUGAAAGUUUGACAAGAAAGUUUCACAGAUAUGUGUGCUUGGCAGAAAGCUCUUUGAAUGUAGGAUCUGAGAAUGAAAUAGACAUGGAAGCAAGUUUUGAUAUAGAACAAUACAUGUCUAAAUUGACAACUGCUGAGCCAGUCAUGACUGGACAACUAAGAAAGCAAAGGUUAAGUCGUGUUGCUAGGGUGUUUUAUGACUAGAGCAAAGGAUAUGUUGACCACAAACAAAAAGAUAUUUUUACCAAGCAGAAAUAGGUCUUAGGAGAAGCAGAAACAGGCAAACAAGCAUGCCAAUGUGGCAAGUUGGAAAAACGUCUAAGAAUUUUUUGCUGCAAGAAAACUGAAAAACAACUUUAAGCUUAAACUGUAACAUAUUAACUCAUGUGAUUGGAUAGUAUUGACCAUAAUAUGGUAAUGAUAGUAGUUAUGAUAGGCUAUAGGUAAUAGUAAAGGUAUUAAUUGGUUAUGUAUUAAGAUGCUCAGCAAAGAAAAUAUAUAAUGCAAUAUAACCAAAACUAAAGGGUCUUCAGUCUUGUCUGUAGCUGAAACUGACAGCUGUAGGCAUGGCUCUGUCGCCCACAACCCAAGACUGCUUUAAAAUCUUGUGUACAAUAAACAGCAUUUUGAAGAGCCGCCUGGAGUCCUGCAUCUCUCAUCUCAGGCUUUUACUAAUGGCGCCCACAUUUUAGUAGGCAAACUCGGACUUUUAGCAGUAAGAGACCUCCUGGUGAACUCAGAAGGAAGAGCCCACAAGGAGGAACAGGCACCUGAAAGGAAGGUGACCGGAGGCCGGACAGACGUUGCUGCAGGACAGUACCUGGAUUGGAGCUCAACGUAAGCAAGGAGGACAGCAGGUGAGCACUGGGGAAUCAAUGGGGCAGAAUGUGUCUGCCAAUCAGAGACAUGUGUAUCAGCAUUUAAAAUCUCUAAUUAA